GGGAAGCUAAAUAAGAAAAAAAGGAAAAACAAGAAAGGAAACAGUGAAAACGCUACGCAUCCUCACCUUCUCUAUCGCAACCCCGAUUAACGGGCGCCCGCCCUUCUCCUUUUUCCAUCUCAUUCAUUCGUUUUGCUCAGCAUCUCUUGUUUGCCAAUUGGGUUGUUACCCUUUUGUUUUUUAAGUAUAAUCGGUAAAUUCAAGGCGAAGAAGGUCUAUACCUUUCCACUGAAUAAGUUCCAAUGUAUGCAAGGACGAUAAAGCAAAAAAACCAAAGAUGGAAUUACUUGCUUCAGCAAAGCAAAUAUUAUUUCAGUUCUAACUUUGGUGAUUUCUCCGUGGGACAAUGCCUGAGCCCUUUAUCAAGUACGAACAGUUUGACCCGGAGAUAUCUAUCAAAUACUUCAAGUUUGUUUGGACUAGCUUCCCGGAGGAAAUGCACAAAAUUGCAUUGGAGGUCGGAUGUUAACUUGAGAAACUUCCCACCAAGAUUUUAUAGUUCGGAAGGUGAUGGAAGGAACACAAGUGAGGAUAAGCACGUGGACAGCAAAGCUGUUGCCGAUUGUGAAAAGGCAAAUAUCCGUACUAAAAAUACUGCCGAUAGUGCGUGGCACCGUGAUGCGCAUGCCCGACUAGGGAAGCAAGAUCAACUGGAUUGGCUAAAAAAUGAAAAGCUUGCUAUGGAGAACAAGAAAAAGGAGUCCCCCUUUCUAACUCGUCGGGAAAGAUUUAGAAAUGAGUUUUUGCGAAGGAUUGUUCAUUGGGAGAAAAUAACCGUCUCGUGGGAUACUUUUCCUUAUUAUCUUCAUGAGAACACCAAGAACCUUCUGGUGGAAUGUACAGCCUCCCAUUUAAAACAUAAGAAGUUUACAACAGAUUAUGGAGGCCGUUUGACUUCUUCGAGUGGGAGGAUUCUGCUCCAGAGCAUUCCAGGAACGGAGCUAUACCGGGAAAGAUUGGUCAGAGCACUUGCUCGAGAUUUACAAGUUCCCCUUUUGGUGCUUGAUGGCAACAUUUUAGCUUCUUGUGAUAUUGGUGAAGAUGAAAGUGAAUCAGAUGGGGACAACUCUGAGUGUGCAUCGGAGUCUGAAACUGAGGAGGAAAAUGAUGCAAGUAAUGAGGAAGAUUAUACCAGCAGUGGUGAGGCUAAAGCUGAAGGUAGUGAUGAUGAAGUUGAUAUUAAUGCCUCAGUUGAAGAUCUGAGGAAGCUGAUACCAUGCAACAUUGAAGAGUUUGAGAAGAGUGUUUCUGGAGACACUGAAAGCUCGUCCACAUCGUCAAAAGCAGAAACUGAGGAGCCAUCCGAGAAAGCUAACCUUCCACUAAAGAGAGGGGAUCGAGUGAAGUACAUUGGGCCUUCCGUUUGCAUUGAAGCGAAUAACAGGAUUGUAUUGGGGAAGAUACCGACAUCUGAUGGUGCAAAGAAUGUUUAUACUGUAAUUCGUGGCAGGACUUUGUCCAGCGGGCAACGGGGGGAGGUCUAUGAAGUGAAUGGAGACCAAGUAGCUGUUAUUUUUGACAUUAGUAGCAAGACAGAGGAAGUAAAGGAUGAGAAAAAUGCCGAAACUGCUACAAAACCAUCUAUUUGUUGGCUUAAUGCGAAGGAUAUAGAGCAUGAUCUUGAUGCUCAAACUCACGACUUUUAUGUUGCAAUGGAAGUUCUGUGUGAGAUUUUGGAGUCUCAACAACCACUUGUGGUCUAUUUUCCAGACUCUUCUCUAUGGUUUUUGAGGGCAGUUUCAAAGUCAAAUAGAAAAGAGUUCAUCGACAAGGUUCAAGAGAUGUUUGACCGAUUAUCAGGACCGGUUGUUUUGAUCUGUGGACAAAAUAAAGUGGAAAGUGGGUCAAAAGAAAAGGAGAAAUUUAAGUAUGCGUUCAGUAGCUUCCAUACUCAACACGAGAUGAUAUCUUUAUUUGUAACAUUUGCUUUUGGUUCUCAGCAGACAAUGAUACUUCCCAAUUUGGGCCGUCUCGCAAAGCUGCUGCUAAACGAGGUAGAAUACCUCACUAAUUUGUUAGGGAAUUUCAGAUUCUGUGAUAAUUUAGCAUAUCGUGGUGAGUCAGAAAUCUUACUUCGGUUGCAGGAGGAAGAUCAGUUGAGGAUAUUCAAUAAGCAAAUUGAAGAAGACAGGAGAAUAGUGAUAUCCCGAAGCAACUUAAGUGAAAUUCAUAAGGUUCUUGAGGAACAUGAUUUGUCAUGCAUGGACUUGUUGCAUUUGAAUACUGAUGGUGUUAUAUUGACGAAAGAGAAAUCAGAGAAGGUUGUUGGCUGGGCCAAAAGUCAUUACCUAUCCUCCUGUCUUCUUCCUUCUGUUAAGGGGGAUCGACUGCAGCUUCCCCGUGGGAGCCUUGAACUUGCAAUUUUGAGGUUAAAGGAGCAGGAAACAGCUUCCAGGAAGCCUUCACAAAAACUAAAGAGUCUUGCUAAGGAUGAGUACGAGACCAACUUCGUAUCAGCCGUAGUUCCUCCUGGUGAGAUUGGUGUGAAAUUUGAUGAUGUUGGUGCCCUUGAAGACGUGAAGAAAGCACUUAAUGAACUCGUGAUUCUCCCCAUGCGGAGGCCCGAGCUAUUCUCGCAUGGAAAUUUGCUGCGGCCUUGCAAGGGGAUAUUGCUUUUUGGUCCCCCUGGAACCGGAAAAACACUUCUUGCCAAGGCGCUUGCAACAGAAGCUGGGGCUAAUUUCAUCAGCAUUACUGGUUCAACACUCACAUCUAAGGCAAAGGGGAGCCUUCUUAGCUUUGAUAUGAUUCACUACCGAAAAGCAAUGUUAUAUGAUGCAUCCUCGUUUGUGGUUUGGUUCCUUGGUAAAAUGUUGAUCAUGAACUGGUUUAUGAUUUUGAAGAUACGCAACAACUGCAUAGUAGUGUGGUUUGGGGACGCUGAAAAACUCACAAGAGCACUCUUCUCAUUUGCUAGCAAGCUAGCUCCUGUAAUUAUUUUCGUGGAUGAGGUGGACAGCUUGUUAGGUGCUCGUGGUGGAUCUUUCGAGCAUGAAGCAACUAGAAGAAUGCGUAAUGAGUUUAUGGCGGCUUGGGAUGGCUUGAGGUCGAAAGAUAGCCAAAGGAUUCUUAUCCUUGGUGCUACAAACAGGCCAUUUGAUCUUGAUGAUGCUGUCAUUCGCCGUCUGCCGAGAAGGAUUUACGUGGACCUCCCGGAUGCUCAAAAUCGUCUGAAAAUACUCAAGAUAAUAUUAGAUCGAGAAAAUCUGGAAUCAGGGUUUCCAUUUGAUCAACUUGCGAAUGCCACUGAAGGUUAUUCAGGGAGUGAUCUAAAGAACCUUUGCAUUGCUGCAGCAUAUAGACCUGUCCAAGAAUUACUGGAAGGAGAAAGCAAGGAUGACACGAUAGACGGAGUACCAAUCUUGAGACCACUCAAGCUAGAUGAUUUUAUCCAUUCUAAAGCAAAGGUGGGGCCAUCAGUUGCGUACGAUGCAGCCAGUAUGAACGAGCUGAGGAAAUGGAACGAUCAAUACGGUGAAGGAGGAAGCCGAAGAAAAUCUCCGUUUGGUUUUUGAUAUUAUUAAUCUCGAAGGAUAAUCCCGGAUUGACGAUUUGUUUCGAUUAAGAAGGUUAAGAAAAGCUGCAGAAAGUUGUGCCUGUGAGGUGAAAAUUUGAAUUUUCUUUUUCUUUCCAUCUUUCUUUUUUCGGCCAAUGAGAGAUCGACAAGUCAGAGCCUCAUGUACAUAGCUUUAUGUGGUUGGUUUCAUUAUAUACACAGUAGACAUAGAAAGAGCAUGCUAAUCUGCCUUUGUAGCUUUAGUGACUUUUUCUGUAUUUUUUUUUAGAUAGUGGUCUUGCUUAUUAAUCUAUUUGCAGUUUUUAUCAGUUUACUUUAAGAAAGAAUUUAAUGUCAGAUUCACAGAUUGGGUGUACCAGUAGUUGUGAUGACCAAUAGAUUCUUUCUAGUUGUAAUAGAUGCAAGAUAUAUAUCAAGUUUGAAGUUAUUAGACUUCAAUAAAACGAAAAAAACGUGCCAAUGUUUUGUAGUUCAGCAAGUCACAUCAAUUUCGAAAUAAGCAAUUCCUAUUUUUGCACA